AUGGGGUCACCAAGGAAGGGGCCACCUUUAGCGUCUGCUGAUCCUGGCGUGGGGCCAAAGACCAAGAAGGCAGGACUAGUGUUCACUCCGGUGCAAAUCUCAUCCGCAGGUCGUGUCAUCCCCGGGCGUUGGGUCCCCGCGUUGGAAUCAAAAUCUUUGUCUGGCAUUCCAUCCCCUGGCGGUCAAUUGAUGUCUUGGCCUGCUUCCCUUGCACGUGCAGAGGCACCUGCCAAGCGGUCCCUUGGAACAAGCGUGGUGCCUGCCCUCCGGUAUGACUUAACCGGAUUGGUUGACGCCGGGGGCUAUCCGGACAAUCGCCAGCAGGACCUAGUUAACGUGGCCACUCCGAGCGCGCAGGACCAAGUCAGCGAGGCCACCCCUGGAUCUCGCCCCUUGCUGCAGGCCCUGGGCCGCGAGCGCACAUCCGCCAGCGGUCUCUCUGUAUUGCAAGUCCCCGCAGUCCCCGCGGUUGGCCCCUUGUCUGGAAUUUGCGACCCCUCCACUUCAACCACGCUGUUGGCCGAGGAAUCCCUCUGA